AAUCAUUCUUGGUGAAGGUCCAAUCAAUCUCAAAAUCGGCCCUCGGCCACCCAUUUGCAAGGUGUGCUAGGUGUAUUGAUACCUACAUAUGUGUGCCAUCAAGCCUAGCCUAGUCUCGGCUGGUCUGGUUCACCGGCUGCGCUAGGAUGAAAGGGGGGGUUGUGUUCCCUCCUUUUUCCAAACUCAACAGAACCACGCCGUCGGUACUUGACCUGGUUGACCUGACCUAACCGGGCCUGACCUGACUUGUCCUGUCCCCGAUCCGACGCACCGCCCUCUACCUAGGCCCAAUCUAGUCUCAGUUUGCCUCCUCGUCACAACCCGGACUUUUACUUCUUUCUUUCCAUCCGCAACCUUCUUCUGCACGCUCCUUGUCACUCAUUGUAAAGGGGCAUCGCCCAACCCAAACCAAACCCACCAAUCGUUGGUUCAUCCAUCGGUCGGCCCUUUUUAAUACUUACUUUGGUUGCAGGCCUUUUUUUUUCUUGCUGCACAAUUAUCCGGCCAAGAUACAAUCAAACAUGAAAGCAGCAUCAUUACAUACAUUGCAGCUAGUGUUAUUGGUGGCAAAGGAUUGAAGAUCCCAAUUCGUCUCCAUGCAAGUGAACCACGGACGGCCGGCAUUUUAUCACUCACUCGCAGACAUGACGAUGAUGCCCACCGUCGCAGCCAUGGCCAAGGCUGGGAUGCCGUCUGCACGUGCAUCGCAUGCGCCAAUGCAUGCUGAUGAGAGGACCGAACAUGGCACCUCACAGCUGAAUGCACUGGCCACGCCUCAGCCUUGGCCUGCCCAGGAUCGGUGGGCUGAGCUCCGGCCUAUAAUCACCAGGUUGUACAGAGAGGAGAAUAAGACUUUGAAGGAUACUAUGGAAAUAAUGGAGCGGGAGCAUAAUUUUUCUGCCACGGCGAGGAUGUACAAGACUCGCAUUAAGAACUGGGGUCUGGAUAAAAAAUUCAAGGCAAAGGAGGUUCUUGUCAUGCUCCAAGCGCAAAAAGAGCGCGAGGGUGACAACAAGGAGACUGAGUUUGUUGUCCGCGGCCACAAGGUCGACCAGCGUCGCAUGAAACGCUACCUGCAACGCAACAAAAUCGUUCUAGAUCGUUUCAAGGAAGGCGAUCUGCCGCCAGACGACACCGCUACUACGUUCAAAUCGUCGGUCUCUGGGUCGCCGGAAGGCGGCUCGCCAGAAUCCCGCUGCAGUGCUGGCAGCACUGGUACCGGUCGGCUUUCUAGGGGACGUCGAAGUUCGGGUGUCGUCGUCCACGUACGCACACCUUCGCCGGAACCAGUGAGCAGCUCAUGGCAGUGCGUCACAACCGAGCCGAACUCGCCAAGGCCCACGCUCGGCCUCCCAGGUCCAGUCAUAGAUGCAGAGAGGCUCCUUCACGCAGUGAGGUCAUAUAUUGGGGGCUCAUUCGCAGCUGGUACAUGGUUCUAUGAUGCCUUUGGACGCAUCCAGAGUCGCAAGGGAGGCACCGCCGAUUCUCUUUUGCUUGACACCUGGACCAGACUCGAGGUUGUGGCCUCGGGCAUGGCUACGAAGCAAGACGUAAAGGUCUUUGGUACAUUAAAUCCAGCCUUUGAGUCUCUGCAAGAAAUUGUACGAGAGGAGGCGCCACUUCUCAUCAGUCGUAUGCUACGGCUGUCACGCAAGCUCGAACUGCUCCAAAACCGCCAACUCUGGGCCGUCCUGGUUGAAUACAUUGGCGAGCAGACGUUGCGAAUCCUGGGCCCAACUCACGUUAUGAACAUCAUAUGGCAGCAAUUUCGCGACAUGGAUGUGGGGACCGACGAAGAAGUUCUUGACCGCGCCUUCAUGCUCAUUGUUGCCGAGUUCGAUAGAUGCUGCCCAUCCGCGACCAACUUUGGCGUGCUGGAAGCUUACCGGGAUCACUUCGACACCGUGUCGUCUCCCUCUCGCCGUCGAAAUUUGGAGGCCCAGGAGCUGAGUCUUCGUCAGACACUGGCACUCAUGCCAGCGCACGCAAGUGGUACACCUCCGUUGCAGGGCUUGCUCCUGCGGAUGCGCAUAACCUCAUCUCUUGUCGCUUGUGAGAGGGGCGAAUAUGCACGCGCCGAGAACAUCCUGUUUGACACCUCAUUCGCUGAAUUUGGAUGCCUCGGUCCUUGGGCCGUUGCUUCGCAGCAUGCAGCCCUCGGUCAUAUACUGGUCGCCAAGAAAGACUGGGUUCGAGCAGAGCAGGCAUUUCUUGCUGCCGUCGCACAGGUCGAGGGCGCUACAGGCUAUCAGAACGAGAGCUGCUGUGAACGUAUGCUGGCAAACCUCGAGCGCCUCUACACAUCCACGGGGCGAUAUCAUGACGCCACUGAAAUGCGCGACCGUAGAUUGAGGAGGCUGCUACAGCAGUCACAACAGCUCGGUCUGUCGCGGGGGCUACCCUUCCAGGCGGAGCGUGAAAUAAUGCCAUAUUCAGUGGUGAAGUUGGAAUCUCUAGACAAGUUAUGACUGCGUAAAGUCUGGGAUUUCUAGCUUCCCUCUUCGCCUAGGCGGCGCGAUACACCUACCUAUACACGCAUGUGCUGCUGAUAGCUGUACAAGAAGCACCAGUAUCAGUGCCGGGCGGCAUAGGAGGUCAAGUAUCUCUGAAUGGGCAAACACAGAGUACAAGUCGAUUCGGGCCUCUUUUUCUCCCCUCUGCGGGAUGACCGGGUCCUUUGAAGAGAGUAAACGGGACGUGCGUUGGCUCCCAGUGGUUCCUCUACCGAGAAAGCGGCAGAGACACCCAUCGAUACCUGCUGAGCGUAAUAAGCGAGCGCGUUCCCAACAACUCACCGAGAACUGCCAGGCACUUGACUCAUGGCAUGUCCCAAUGGUCAAGGUCGGGACAGGGCACAGUGGAUUGGGUUUCAUAAGGGCACAUAUUUGGCUCAGUUCCGUCUGUGCUCAAGCGACAUUCUGUCCACAUAAUUGGUCUAUGGUCAAACUGCCGCAAUGCUUGUAGGUAUGGAUAGACCAAAUAACAGAAUCGCCUCGUCCGAUGAGCUAGUUAGCGAUUGGGCUGCUAAUGCUCCGGUUGCUCAUUACUGGCUCAAGAUAAACAAUGGCAUUUGUGGAUUGAAGCCAUGGUCUUUAUAAGCCAAGAACGGUUCCCCGCAUUUGGAAGGGUCGUGGUGACGCCGUGACGCGAGGUCCAUAUACGGUACGGUAAUAUCUAGUGUGCUUAUGUGGGAAUUUAUGCCACAUUUACGCAUGGUUUGCCUCUUUGGGGAGGUAUUUGUACGGGAGCAGGACCUGUAAAGAACCCACCAAUGCGUACUCGGUACAGCAGCAGUUCAAAUAGAGCAA